GACAGCGCCGCCUCUGCAGCUCCAGCGGCCGUCCGGAACGCAGAAGACACACAGACAGGCAGAGGGAGGCAGCAGAGGCGAGCAUGUCGUGGGUGCCGCCGGAUUUGGCGUCGCUGUGCCGGCCGCACACGACCGUCUCCACGUGCCUGCCGCCGGCCUACAUGUUCCUGGCCGCCGUCGCCUACAUGCUGGGCCGCAGCAGGGACGACCCGGCGCAGCACGGCCACACCCUGGCGCCGCCCUACUUCACGCAGUUCGCCGGGGGCGGCGGGGGCGGCAAGCAGCCCGAGGAGCGCUUCGACUUCAUCGUGGUGGGCGCCGGGUCGGCCGGCUGCGUGCUCGCCAACAGGCUCAGCGAGGUCAAGGAGUGGCGGGUGCUGCUGCUGGAGGCGGGCGUGGAGGAGCCGGAGGUGGCGGAGGUGCCGGCGAUGGCGCCGCUGCUGCAGAACAGCAACCUGGACUGGCGCUACCGCACGCAGCCGGACGGGCGGGCGUGCAAGGCGCGCCGCGGCCGCUCCUGCGGCUGGGCGCGCGGCAAGGUCAUGGGCGGCUCCUCCGCCAUCAACUACAUGAUCUACGCGCGCGGACACCCCAGGGACUACGACGAGUGGGAGCAGAAGGGCAACGACGGCUGGGGCUACCAGAGCGUGCUGCCGUACUUCAAGAAGUCCGAGGACAACGAGGACGAGGAGAUCGUGAAGAAGAGCCCGGGCUUCCACGGGCGCGGCGGCUACCAGACGGUGGAGUGGUUCCCGUACCAGGACGAGAACGUGGCGCCGCUGAUCGAGGCGUGGCGCGAGCUGGGCUUCCCCGUCACCGACGUGAACGGCGCGCGCCAGCUGGGCGUGGCGCUGCUGCAGACGACGUCGCGCCACGGCCGCCGCCUCAGCGCCAACGCCGCCUACGUGCGGCCGGUGCGCGCGCGCCGCCCCAACCUCACCGUGCUGACGCAGGCGCACGUCACCCGCCUGCUGCUCGACCCCGCCACCAAGCGCGCGCUCGGCGUCGAGUUCCUCCUGCAGGGCGCCCACGCGCUCUCCACCGUACUCGCCGACAAGGAGGUGAUCCUGUCGGCUGGCGCCAUCAACUCGCCGAAGAUCCUGAUGUUGUCGGGCGUGGGCCCCAAGGAGCACCUGUCUGCGCUCGGCAUCCCCGUGGUGUCCGACCUGCCGGUGGGGCGCAACCUGCAGGACCACGUGACCACGGACGGGCUGGUGCUCGUCGUGCCCCGCACCAACACCUCGGCCUCGGGCAACAAGCGGCGCGUCGCCGACAUACGCAGGCACCGCCAGCACGGCGACGGGCCGCUCGCCUCCACCGGGCCCCUCCAGGUGGGGGUGUUCGCGCAGUCGCAGUUCGAGGAGGAACACGACCGGCCGGACCUGCAGUACUCGUUCGACGCGGCCAACGUGGCGGACCUGCUGCGCGACCCGGCCGAGGCGGUCGAGACGAACGUGGAGCCGCUGGCCUACUACGACGGCGUGACGGUGCGGCCCAUCCUGCUGGCGCCGCGCUCCCGGGGCGCCGUGCUGCUCAACCAGUCGGACCCCGUGUGGGGCGCGCCGGAGAUCCACUCCGGCUACUUCAGCGAGUCGCCAGACCUCGAGAUCCUGGUGGCCGGCAUGCAGCUGGGGUCGCGGAUGGCCCAGACGAAGGCGAUGCAGCACAUCGGGGCGUACGUGCUGGGCAACCCGAUGCCCGCGUGCGCGGACCGCGCCUUCGGCUCGGACCAGUACUGGCGGUGCGUCAUCCGCCACUACACGGCCACCAUCUUCCACCCGGUGGGCACGUGCGCCAUGGGCCCCCACUGGGACCGCAACGCCGUCGUGGACCCGCGCCUGCGCGUCUACGGCGUCCACCGGCUGCGCGUCGUCGACGCCUCCGUCAUGCCGGCCAUCGUGCGCGGCAACACCAACGCGCCCGUCAUCAUGAUCGCCGAGAAGGCCGCCGACAUGGUCAAGCACGACUGGCUGUCCUAGGCCCUGUGGCCCUGCAGGGCGCCCGCACUCCGCCCUUCGUCUCGCAGACGACAUCAUUCCGGGUGGCGGUCGCCUCUGGCACACGUCAUUUACAACGAAUGAACGUUAUCCCGUCCGAACUCCUUGUGAUAUUCACUCGUACAGGACACAUAUAAACUCUACAGAUAAACAUUCCAUCGUUUUUUCAAGGAUGUUUGCGAGGGGUCUGAUAUAAGGGACAGUGCUCCACAAAGUUGUGUUACCAACGAUUGUGGCGUAGUUGUGCCUGACAUCUGAUGUCUUCGGAACCACUCAACAAGGAUCUUUAUCGUAAGCAUUACUUUCGUCAUCCAGUGUCCAGAGACCCCAUAAUCUUCUAGCCAUCCGAACAAGAUGCAUCUCCCUCCGUUUGUCUAGAACCUACUCCUUCCAGUCUGCUGAUACAAUCAACCUGGUUAGGUAGCUUCCCAGUUCGCUCUGUCUAUGGUGUCGGUCUGCCAAGGGAAAGAAUCUUCUGUGGUUUAAUCCUUCACUAUCACCAUACGAAAAUAUCUACUUCCCGUUCAAGGUUUUUGAAAUACUAUGUUUGUUGAUCCUCUCUCCUCCAUCUUUAAGGCUCGAAGGACUGCUUCCAAAAUAUUUUUGGUACAGGUGGUGCUCUACAGACCGAAUAAAUUCGAUUAACAUUGAUUUCCUCCCAUAUUCACGUUUCACUCUUCUGCUUUACAAUGUUUCCCACACUAGAUUCCAUUCCACUCGCUAUGGACGGCACUUUUUAAAAUGCCUGAAAGUAGCACAUAUCGUUUUUAUACGAGGUGCUUUGCAGCUUGGGCAAUAUCUUUCCAAAUGGCAACUUUCAUAUUAUCCGACAUUCUAACUGCUCAUUACGUUUUGUCUACCCCGAUACCAUAUACUGGAAUACAAAAUCAGAAAUUCAAAAACUAAUAACGUGAGUAAUGCAACAACUUAUAUGGAGACAUGUAGCCUUUUGUUAGCCUUUCCUGCAUUACCUGUUUUUCCUAUAAGCAGAUGAUUCUUUAAAGUAGCUGUUCAAAAUUCCAACUGCUGUGUUAACGACACAUUGAACAGUGAGCCACGGACAGCCUAGCAUCCUACGAGAAUGCGGUGACAUUACUAGAGAUCACGUCCGUCUGGGUGUCAAAUGGCGUUUCGCACCCUGACACCUUCGCAUGACACCAAGAAAGAAGAAAGAUCACCGCCGUCACACGUGACGACUUUCGUGGCAGUGAAAUACAACACGAAACCAAGCCACUGUCGCCCACACUGUAUAUCACCGUAGCUCCUAACUUCUUCAAUCCGUGUGAAAUAAAAAGCAAAUUAUUUAAGCAAAAAUCGGAAAAAAUCUCUCUAGUAAAUGUAGAAAACUUCCAUGGAAUGUAUUUCAGACGUCUUUGCGGAGACCGUCGCAAAAUUCAGUAACUAGGUAAUGAGCUAUUCCUUAUAUCACUCUACCCAGCAAACACCCUCGAAACGACCACAGCAUGGCUGUGGAUAGAAAUUGUAUACGACCUGUAUAAUAUAAUUAUUUUUAAUAAUUUUGCUUCCGAUAAUUGUCCUGAAUAAUUCUUAAAAAAUAUGAACAAACAUACGUUUGACGUGCCCACAGAUUUUCUGUCAUCUAACUACGGUUCCAGAAACUAGUCGUUCCACGGGGUGGAACGAAUGCUGUGCUAACUUGCCUUUUAAGUGUCACGAAUACGUGUGGUACGUGCAUUACACGCUCGCAACGCAGCCUGCGUAAACACAUAUUUCUCCUUCUACACGGGAACUAAUGUCUCGGUUUCUUCACUUUACAAUAGAAGUAACUGUGUUUCUCAGUAGCUGAAUCUAUAAAAUGUGUAUCAGCUCUCAGCUUUUGAGUCAAUAUAUCCAAAUUACAGAAAUACAUUUUUAGACUUCCGUUUAACUUUUCCGUACGUAAAAGGAAAUAAUUUCUGUCGUCGCUGAAAUACGCCGCCUGAAAAUUUUCUACACUUCAUCGUACGACUAACCACUCAUUUUCUUCCCGUGCUGUUACAGAAAUGAAAUAUUUUGUCAUACGCCACGUUCUCUUUGCCUUGUGUACUGUGUGUUACACUUUAUCUAGGCUUAUAAAAUCGUACAACCAUUUACCAAUUUGUGAAAUUCUUUCGCCGGAUAUAGGCUUCAUAAAGGUUCGGAAAUUACGAAAUACGUAAUAACAAGGUUAAUUCAUCCCACAGGUUUCUUCCUUCACACGGCUUGCAGUACUACGUCCGUUAGCCUACGACAGACACUCUCAUAGUGAAUUCAGGAACCACAACGAAAUCUUUAUCUCUGGUAAGCGACACAGCUAACAAUAGAUGAAGGUUUCACCACGAAACUAACGAGCUGACUACAAGAAAAUGUUACUUCCACCUGAAUUUUACAACCAUCUGUUCCCUUAACUUAUUUUGCUACCUUUGUGUCAGUCCUACAGAAACAAUGAAGAGAUGAUACGAAGGUGAACCUCUGGUCAACCGUGUCCUCGCACCAAAUGCUCUUUUGCACAAAAUCAUAAGCAUGCAACGAAAGAGCUGUGCGAAAGUGGUAACAUACAAUAUUCUUUAUUUCCUGUUUGUAAACACACUUUACGACGUAAAAAUUAUGGCAGUGAGUAUUUUACUCAUGAUACCAGCUUCCUCAGAAGGUAAUUUCAUUUGUGUGUACAUUUAUGCAGUACUCUGCCCGUGAACUUAGCUACAGUUUUGUGUCCUAUAAUGCAUCUUAUGUCUGCAUAUAUUCCACGUUCCGGGAGAAAAAUUUUUAGAUCCUGUCAAGAUAAUCCUCAAAUAUUCGAGUCACAUGCGUCAGUGGUGAUUUCUAAAUAGUACUCAAAUGAAGAGCUUUGUAGAGGAUAUGUAUUAGAAUCCCAAGACACAACUGUUUACGAUAUUCAUGAGAUUUCAGUUACCAAUUUCCCACACGAUAGUAUAAGGAUGGCGCUGUGUGUAUAUUUAAUUUAUCCCCAUGUUUAGCAUGCAAGUGCCACAGGAGCCUCCCCACCUAAAUUUUCCUGGCGCUGACAGGAAACGGACGAAGAUGAAAUAGAAUUCAAAUUGUUCUUGUGUAAGAGUAAGUUGUGGUUAAGUAUAUCUUGUUACACACAGUGAGCUGCACUUCGACUCAAUGUCUUUGCCAAGCCGGUAUUCUGAAAUACAGCCCACCACAGUGGCAUAUCAUUCAGGGGAUAAAACAAUUUAUCCACGCCAUUGUCGAUCAAAAAGAACGCUUCUUAUACGCUAAAGCAGCAACAGUGUUGUCGUGUUAUCGACAUGGAUAUGCAUAGUCUGUUUGUUUGUUUACCUGUUGUAUCAGAUGCCACUGAUGAUGGGGUGUGUCUCCAAGUAUAAGUCUUGGAAAUAAAUGCCACUUAACUGCAGCAUGUGGUGUACAACAAGAUAUCCUUUAUCAAAGACACAUAAGCUGUGGAGCACCCAGCACACAAGAUUUUUCACAAUGACCUGUGUAAAAAGUUAAACAAUAACGCCCCUGGAAAAUUAUAUACGUUCUUGUACACAUCGCUUUUAUGACAACGUUUUACAAAAUUUAUUUCCUGUAUCGUACCUGUUUCUUUGGAAUAAUUACGCGCAGUUUCACAAUCCCUCCAGUUACGUGCUACCUGCUUAGCGUCACGUAUUUUGAUGAAGUUAACAUUCCUUUAUUAAAUAACGUAUAUGAAUUUCUGGAUGCUGUAAUUGCACUGCAAAGGCCCAUACUAAUCGAAAAAGAGACAUUUCGGAACUGUUGCAUUUUUUUCCAUGCUGUUUCAGUAUUAUUUUGCAACACCAUGCCGAUUGCAUAUUUAACUGCGUCAAUUCUCUUCAGGAAUAAUCACAAGCAGCCAUUCACAGAUUUCUUCUGAGUUAACAGCCCAACCUUUCACGCGAGAAUCCGAGGAUCCAGUAACUGUACUUUCUAACUUAGCUGAUUCGGGCACGAGUUCUGAUAUACACAACAAGAACAACGGCAUUCAAUGACGGUUGUUGAUAAACCUCGCCAUAGGAGGUACCGUAACUGUUCCUACACGUCACACAAACGCACUCUACUUCAGUGACGAUUUUGUUUUUAAUUCUUGUUAACAAUGGUUGUUUUUACGUUUUGCUUGAUCUGUUGAUCACUAAGUAAAAAUGUAAUCUGUAAGUUUAACGCUCAGGAACGUAUAAAAUAUAGAAUAAAGUAAUGGUCGCAAGGAGAAGACUCUUAACUGAUUGACUUCGUCAACUCGCAUUUGUUCCCUAGUUCACGAGGCAGUCGAUAGCUGGCCUCAUCUCGGUGGGUAGUCCAGUUU